AUAUAAAUUUUAAGUCACAAAAAAUUUCGAUUUUUUAUGUGUAUUGGAUUUGAAAAUACUUACGCAACUUAUUGUUAAAUUAAACUACAAAUGAAUCUUGGCUAUUACAAUCCAAGUAUUCUAAAUCAGACAAGAAAGACAAGGUUGACGAGUAACGUCAACGGAUAACCUGCAACGGUGAUGUUGGUCCAACGAUACCUGUUCGGGAUUAUGAGAACGAGGCGGAUAGUUACGGGAGCAACAGCAGCAGCGGUUCAAGUGGGCGUAAGGGCUGGGAGAGAGAACGUCGUCCUGUGUUCCAUACAUGGCUAUGCUAUGUGGAAACCGAGAGACACAGAGAGACGGACGUACCGGCAGAGUCCCCACCGUGUGGACGCGGCGGAGGCGACGUUUUCUCGACACGAGUGCCCACCGCAUGCUUCAUGCACAGUGUGUGCUAGCACGACGUCGUCGUAUGAUCGUUCUUCUUUUGUGUUUUAUGACAUUAUAAUCAAUUUAAAAUCUAACGUUUUUUCGUAAUAGACAGAGGUAGUGUAAUUUGAUUUAAAGGAACGAUAACAUGGAAAAUUUUGAAUAGAUUCGAUUAGAAAAUGCACUUGCGAAUAUAUUCAUAUAUAUAUCAUUGGUAUGGAUAUUGCCGCUCCUUUUAUCUAUUUUAAAUAAAAAAAAGUGAUAAAUAGCGUGAUCCGGAGCUCAUAGUUUCGAAGUUUAAGCGGGUCCGCGCCUAUGGCCGAGUGACAGUUCUCUUGGUUUGGCGAGCGUGCGAUUGGUCCGCUUGUGCUUACUCUCGUUACGUGUGUUGCCUGCGUGCAACAGGCAACGUGGGUUGGAUGCGUGAGUGCGCCUGCGUAAGGACUACGACGUAUCAGCCGCGUGUGCGUGUGCCGCGCGUGAAGAGAAGCCGCAGGGGCCGCAAAACCCGGAUAAAAGAGACACACAUUGCUAUAGGAUACAAUUCUACGCCAAUGAGUAACAGUAUCGGUCCGGAAUCACCGACACUCUAAAUCCUACGUUAACUCGGUACCACCUACGUCCAAAUCGUUCGGUAGGAGGUGUUUCAUUGAUGACCAGCUUCGAACGAUCGAGACGUUUGGGAAAGAGAAAGAGGGAAAGUCUCCGACUGGCUUAUUGAGGUGGUUCAUUCAUAUCGGAGAAAGAGUCGAAACAGGAAUAUCAAGAAUUUCAUAAAGUGGGCGCUACCAGAUCACCAACUUUAACAUUCCUUACCAGUUUAGAAUGCUGUGGACGUCUCGAUGCUUACUAAUUUUAUUGUUAAUAACGAUAGCGUCUUGUAUAGACGCAAUAAUGGAUGGUUUCCUGGAAGAUGGAACAACCACCAACGCAAUCUCGACGACCAUCUUGGCACCGAUGGUCACAACUACAUCUAAUUUAAAUAAAACUGAGAGGACGAUGGUUAAUUUGUCAAAUAUAAAAAGCAUGGAUGAAGAAAAUAUUCAAGAUCCAUCCCACGCAUCCUCACCUUCGUCUGACACAAUUUGGGAGUGUCCAAAUAUUACAAAAGCGGGCGUCGAAUGUUCCUGUGACUUUCCACACACGUUAAGAUGUACCGGUGAUAGAACCGCUUUACAGAUUAUCAGUAAAAAGUUGAAAUUUAGUCGUCCAGGAACGAUUUCUUUACUGGAUGUAACAAUAACAGGAAUUUCUCUAUUACCAUCUCGCUUUUUGGAAGAUGUUGCCUUGCAUGGGCUUGUCAUUUCUAGCGGAGAAUUGAAACAUAUCCAUGAAAAUGCUUUCGUUGGGCUUAUUACACCUCUUCAAGCUCUUGGACUUCCAAACAAUCUAUUAGAUUCUGUACCUACUACAGCUUUAUCACAUUUGAUCGGUUUAGAAAGAUUGGAUCUGUCUCAGAAUAAACUGAAAAUGUUGGAAGCUGGAUCUUUUAAGGAUUUGUCAAAUCUAACAUAUUUAGAUUUGUGCGACAAUUUAUUAUCACAACUAUCGCCCCAAGCUUUUGCUGCAGUACCUUUAUUGCGUUCAUUAAGAAUGCGUGGAAAUCGUUUAAGCGUAUCAGCUCUAUCAGCAUUGAGAGGUCUUAAAAGUUUAGAAGAACUUGAUUUGUCUAAUAAUCUAUUACUGGGUCCAAUGGGACCAAAUCUUCUUCCUCAAAUGCCACGAUUACGUUUCCUUACUGUUUCUGAAAACGAGUUAAUAAAUGUACAACAAGGAGCUCUUGUAGGUUUGAGAAACUUAACUUAUCUCAGCUUAAGUCAUAAUCAGAUUGAUGUGCUGGAAGAUCAUUCAUUCAAAUAUUUAUCAACUCUUAUUAGACUUGAUUUAGCAAAUAAUCGUAUUGUUGCGGUAUCCAGCGCUUCUUUGGCACAUUUGGAAAAAUUGACAACUCUCGAUUUAACGCAUAAUUUUUUACGAUCUCUGACUGCUGAUUUGGUAGUACCAUUAAAAAGUCUCCAAGAUCUUCGUCUCGAUGAUAACGAUAUUACAAUGGUAGCCAGCGACGUACCAACAUCGAAAUUACGACUGACAAGACUUUCUUUGGCAGAUAAUCCUUUGAAUUGUGAUUGUACGCUUUUAGAAUUUGCCAAUUGGUUGAGCAAUUCUAGCUUAAACGAAGAAGAUAAGUCUUCAGCAGUCUGUGCGACACCACCUGCUUUAGAAAAUGGUAUACUGACGCAAGUUUCUCCCGGUAAUCUUCUUUGUGGUGAACCGACACCACCAAUCAUGACCAGAUUACCUUUGGCAGGAGCUCAAUUAACAUUGAAAGAAUUCCACUAUGAUAAAUCAACUGGUAUUAAUCUCCUGUGGCAUGUAGAACCGUGUACAGAACGAUAUACUUGUGAUACUUUAAUUGUUUAUGAAACUAUAGGUGAUACCGAGAAUGAGACAGAUUCUAGUUCUCUUCAUUGUGAUUCACGUAUAAUGAGAGAUCCCUGUUCACUUCCAGUUACCAUACCUGCUUCCUUACAUUUACAAUUAGGUCAUAAAUAUCGUUAUUGUGUAGUACUUCUAGUGCCAAAUAGUUAUGAUGAUGUCUCCUUAGGUUUGGGUUGUAGUGAUGUAAUAACUUUGGAAGAAUCUAAACGAGAAUUACAACAAGAUCAAGAAAUUGGGAGAAAUUUAGAGACUGUCUCUUCUUUAGAUACUAGAAUAACUGGAGUACAUGUAAAUGUCUCUGAUCAAGGUUUUUUACAUGUCGAUGUUACCUUAUCAAUCUCGAAAAAAUCAAAUUUACCUGAAUGCGAACUAUCUGUGGUUGUUUUUGAUGCUGAAUCUGCAGUGCAUAAACAAAAGUUGAAUUGUAGCUUAACGUUUGUGACAUUAGCUGUAUUAUUGCCCGGUCGUUAUAAAGUUUGUGCAAGUCUUGACGAUGUUAAUGAAGAAGACGUUAUCACAAAUUUUAUAGAUAAUCGAGAUAGAUUACGUUGCGUUGAAGUACAAAAAUUCAAACAAAAUACAGAGUUAAUUGUUUUAACGAUAAUUGGAGCUAGCUGUGCUCUUUUAAUCAUAAUUGCGAUAAUUGGUAGAAGCGUUUUGAAAAGGCUGAGACAUCCUAGGAUACAAACUCAAUGUUUCCUACCAGCACAGGAAUUUGAAAUAACACAUAAAGCACAUUAUAUUAAAUUAUUAGCUACAACAAAAGUUUAAAUCAUUUUCAAGUACAAUUCCAUAUUUUUGAUUCUUG